CCACAGCGCAGAGAAAGGGAGGAAGGUUUCCAAGAAAUCAGUUCUUUAACAAUACGGUUGUAUGUCAGUCCAAGCAUUAUAAAAACAUCUCCACUCGGCGCCGCGGUCUUAUUCCGAGUAGCCAGCACAACAGACUGUGUUGUGGAGGCGGAUACUUUAUCAGAACGAGACCAACAUACUCCUGCCGUAUCAGCAGCCAUGUCUGGUGGUCCCCCCUCCAUGUCAGCGCCCGUGUGCCUGAUCGAGAACACUGAUCGCGGGCUGCAGGCGGUGGACUCGUCCCUGAAGUUGCUCCGGGACAUUCAGCAGCCUGUGGUGGUGGUGGCUGUGGUGGGGUUGUACCGCACGGGCAAGUCCUACCUCAUGAACCGCCUGGCCGGACAGCAGUCAGGCUUUGCUCUGGGCAGCACCAUCGAGUCUAAGACCAAAGGAAUCUGGAUGUGGUGUGUCCCCCAUCCCUCCAAACCCGGACACACACUGGUGCUGCUGGACACUGAAGGACUGGGGGACGUUGACAAGGGGGACUCCAAGAACGACGCCUGGAUCUUCUGCCUGGGUGUGCUGCUCAGUAGCACCCUGGUCUACAACAGCAGAGGCACCAUCGACAACCAGGCUCUGGAGAAACUACACUAUGUGACGGAGCUGACCGAUCAGAUUCGUGUGAAGUCAGCGGGCGGCGGGCGUGACGAGGACGGAGAGGACAUCUCAGAAGACUGUGAGUUUGUGCGAUUCUUCCCGAGCUUCCUGUGGGCCGUUCGCGACUUCACUCUCGAGAGGAAGAUCGAUGGCCGUGACGUCAGCGAUGACGAAUACCUGGACUUUGCUCUGCAGCUCAAGAAAGGUCUGUCUCCUAAGAUCGUGACCUACAACCUCCCUCGGCAGUGUAUCCGGAACUUCUUCCCGACCCGAAAGUGCUUCACGUUCCCGUUCCCGACCUCAGCCGACAAGAUGAAGUGUCUGGACUCCAUGCCGGAGUCUCAGCUGGAGCCCGACUUCCGCCAAGUGGCCGAUCGCUUCUGCACCUACGUGUUCUCCGAGAGCAGGACCAAGACUGUGCAGGGAGGACACCAAGUCACCGGCAGCCGUCUCAGCCAUCUUGUGAAGAUCUACCUGGACACCAUCAGCAGUGGCGACGUUCCGUGUCUGGAGAACGCUGUGGUUGCCAUGGCGGAGAUCGAGAACCAGUCGGCCAUGACGGAGGGCCUUCGUCAGUAUGAGCUAGGCAUGCAGCAGCUCAAGAACCAGUUCCCCACGGAUCUCGAUACGCUCUCGUCAGAACAUCAUCGCCUCUCCACAAUGGCAACGAAAGAGUUCCUGAAGCGCUCCUUCAAGGACGAGGGAGGCAAAUACAUGGCACAGUUGUCGGAAAAGGUGACCCACCUGUAUGAGCAGUUCAUCAGCCAGAACAUGCAGGCCUCAGAGACGGAAUGCCGGAAGCUUCUGUUGGAGCUGCACUCUGGCAUCGCUGCCAACAUCGAGCGCGGCGUCUAUGCCAAGCCGGGAGGGUAUGAGGUCUACUGCCGCGAGCGAGACACCAUGGUGGCCAAGUACCGGCAACACCGCAAGAAGGGCAUGAAGGGAGAGGAGAUGCUGGACGUGUUCCUGCAGGAGAAGAGUGCUGAGGCCAACUCAAUCCUCAUGGCCGACAAGAACCUCACAGACGCCGAGAAGAAGAAUGCAGAGGCGCGAGAGCAGGCUGCGGUGCAGGAGCAGCGGGCCCGUGCAGAGGAGCAGCGUCGGCAGGAGUUGCAGCAGGCCCUGGAGGACGAGAAGCGGGGCCAGGAGGAGCGCGUGAGGCGCAUGGAGGAGAAGUUCGCCGAGGAGAAGAGGCAGCAGCAGGAGGAACUGCAGCGGGCGCUCAACAGCAAGCUGGAGGAGCAGCGGCAGAUGAUCGAGAAAGGCUUCAAGGACAAGGCGGAGAUGAUGAACCAGGAAAUAAAGCAGCUGAGGACGGAGCAGACGCGCGUGAAGGAGUCCAAGCCUGGCUUCAUCGAGAAGGUCUUCCUGCCCAUCGCUAGUAUCGGCAGGGACAUCCUGUCCACUGUGUUGCAGUACAAGGGCAUGUGCAAGAUGUUUGGCAGGAAGAAGUGAGCAGACGUCUGCCCAGUCCUGUAGGGCCUGAAGAGGAUUCUAGUUUAGAAGGUGUAGUUUGGCUUUUGUUUAGACCAGGGUUUCCCAAACUGGGGUGCGUGCACCCCUGGGGGUGCGUGGCCUGCCAUAAGGGGGUGCGUGAGCUAAAUAGAGCAAUGGUGGAUAUGUGAGUUUUUAUCCAGCAUUAAUGAACAUGAAGUAGUUUUUAAUUGUAUGGUGAAUUGUAUGCUGGGAUGGUCCAUCUGAAGUGUAGUUUAACUCCUAGACUGUUGGAAAAUAGGAUUCCCCAAAACAACUGUGCAUAAUGUGCAGUGAAUCAUACUUCAGCACACCAAAAUAUUCGCUUAGGGGGUGCGCGAACCACAUUGAAAUCUACAAGGGGGUGCGCAGGGGGAAAAGUUUGGGAACCGCUGGUUUAGACUGUGCAAUUGGAGAAGAUGAGUUAAGUUUAGAUGGAGUAGUGUGUCUAUAGUUUAGAGACAGUUUAGUUUAAGAAGAUGAGUUUAGAUGGUGUUGCUUGGCUAUAGUUUCGACCAGUGGUUCCCAAACGUUUUCUUCUGUGACCUCAAUUUGGACCUAGCAAUAUUUUCCAAAUAUUGUAUUAUAAUAUAAUACAUUCCAAAUGCCAUUUUUGUUGUCGUUGCUCAAUUUUAAUUUUAAUUCACAGGAAAAGUUAAUAU